AUGCCCAGGGGCUAUAAUCCUCAAUACACCUUCGACUUCAACGAUAUAAAGAAGCGCAUCCUCUCGAACGCGAAUGCAUAUUACGCGCAUCGCUUUCCUGAAGCGCAACGCUAUGACUUCAUCACCUCAUCCAUCCCGCCGACCGACCGCCAAGAUGGUAUGGAGUACAGGGGCGGGCUGAUUGUAUAUCCUGAUCCGAAGUCAAACGACUGGGUGAUGCUGUAUAAAAGCCACUCUUGGCCAGCCGUAGAAGAUACAGCGUUUGAGAUCAAGUCCUGGCUUGAGGAGAAAAUGAGGGCUGUGUUUGACAAGAUGAACGAAGGCGAGAAGUGGGCCGGAAUGAAGAAGAAGUCUAAGGACGAACUGUCAAGCAAUGAGAAAAAGUCUACUGCGGGCGAGGACCAGAUGGAGGAUGUGGAAAAUGCGAAGGGCAGCCCCAGGGCACAAGAUACUGCUGCUGACACUGUCGGCAAUGGCACUGACAUCGGCGACAAAGACGAAGAUAAAGAGGUUCCGAACCAGCCAGAAGACUCCACUUCUGGUGAUCCGGUAGAGACUACAAGCAACACUGCCAUGCCUUAUCGCAAACGCAAGUCAGCAGCUGAGGAAGAAGAGGAGCGCAAGAAAAGCGUGAAGAACGAUGACGAGGAGCGUGUCUUUGUUGGAAAGAAGAAUGACCCGCCUGCCCAAGAAAAGAAGGAGGCCCUUGUCGAGCCCAUCGUGAAUCCGAUCCAGGUAAAGCUUCCGCCGACUGAGAAGUAG